AUGGCUGACUCAGUCCCUCGCUACCUCAGCUCUUCCAUCGAGGACAACUUCAACUAUGGGAACUGGAUGGCAUCUGCCAGUGUGUACAUCCGAAUGGCCUUUCUAAGAAAAGUCUACAGCAUUCUUUCUCUGCAAUUUCUCUUAACUACAGUGACAUCUGCAAUUGUUUUAUACUUUGAGUCUAUACGGACGCUUGUACAUGAAAGUCCUGCCUUAACUUUGGUGUUUGCCAUUGAAUCUUUGGGUUUGAUUUUUGCAUUGACUCUAAAGAGACAUAAACAUCUCCUUAACCUGUACCUGCUUUUUGGAUUUACACUGUUGGAAGCUCUGAGUGUGGCCAGUAUUGUUACUUUCUAUGAUGCAUAUAUUAUUCUGCAAGCAUUUGUACUGACUACUGCGGUAUUUUUUGGUUUGACUAUCAAUACUCUACAAUCUAAGAGAGAUUUCAGCAAAUUUGGAGCAGGAUUGUUUGCUGUUUUGUGGAUUUUUUGCUUGUCAGGAAUCUUGAAGUUAUUUUUUUAUGAGACAGUGGAACUGGUCGUGGCUGCUGUAGGAGCCCUUCUUUUCUGA